AUGGCCCAAUCCCAAUUCACGAAUGGCCUCCCCACAGCUGUUGACUUGGGCCACCAUAUCAAUUCGAAAUCCCGGGCCCGACACCCAAGCCCCUUGAAGGACAUUAUCCAGUUCAUGGCCGUUGAUGACAUGGUCAGCUUGGCCGGAGGCCUUCCACAUCCUUCCUUCUUUCCAUUCAAGACAGCCACCGUGACAGCAUCACCCCCGACAGCGGGGGAAAGUCCCUGCUUGCUCGAACUACCCCUAGAUGGUUUCUUGCAGUAUGGGUCGGGAACUGGUAACGCACAACUGCGCGCCUGGUGCGGGGAGUUUACCCAGCGCGUGCAUCGGCCAGCCUAUGCCGACUGGAACGUGUUACUUCACCCCGGAAAUACCAACGCAUGGAGUAAAGUGGUCAGCCUGUUGUGUGAGACAGACGACUACAUAUUGUGUGAGACUUACACCUAUCCAUCAGCACAGGCCUUCUGGAUCCCCCUGGGCAUCAAAGCGGCCCCGGUUGCUUCAGAUGCAGAAGGCAUGCGUGCUGAUACUCUCGCUCAAACAUUGCGCGAUUGGGAAGAUAGUUACCCCGGCACCCGGCGGCCGCGUGUGCUGUAUCUUGUCAGUGUCGGCUCUAACCCAUCGGGCGUCACGAUGAGUACAAAGCGACGACGAGAUGUUUACGAUGUGUGUAUUGAAUACGAUGUCAUCAUUGUGGAGGACGAUCCGUACUUCUUCCUCCAGUACCCGGAAUACGAUGCCGGUGACUCGGUCACGGAAGGCCCAGAAUUCGUCGGCAGCGAUGAGUUCCUAAGGUCCUUGACACCGUCAAUGCUCCAAUUUGACCACCAGGGCCGUGUAAUCCGGCUGGAGUCUUUUAGUAAAACGCUGGCACCAGGUCUGCGGCUCGGUUACUUUGUCGCAAAUCCAUUGUUUACUGAACGACUGCUGCGUGCGACCGAGGUUGAGACGCAGGACCCAUCUGGCCUAUCACAAGCACUUACCCUCCGCCUCUUGCAAAGCUGGGGUAUCGACGGCUAUCUUGGAUGGCUGCAGGGGCUGGGCGUUGAGUACUGUCGCCGACGCGACUGGAUGAUAGACGCCUUUUCGCAGCAUUUUCGCGUCGGUUACGCGGCGAAGGCAACCGGAACCCUUGUCGCCCAUCUCGGCGACGUCCCUAUUUUCUCCUUUGUACCACCCACGGGGGGUAUGUUUAUAUGGGCAUGCUUUAAUCUGGCCCAGAAUCCUGCCUUCGAGGAGCUACGGCAUGAUGAGAAGGUAGUUGAUCCGGAGCAGGUGAUGGCCGACCGGCUUUGGCGGCAGUUCGCCGAGGCCAAGGUUCUCUUAACCCCAGGGUCAUAUUAUCAUCCCUGGCAGGGGCCGGACAAGGUUACAACAAAUGCGCGCGGAGCUACACCCUUGACGACCUACUUUCGGUUUUCCUUCUCCAUGACGACGCAGGAGGAGAUGGAACGUGGUAUUGCACGAAUGGCUCAAGUGAUACGGGCGUCGUGGAAGCUGGAGCAGUAG